AUGCCGUCCUUGUCUGACACCGUACCCGCACGCAGGAGGUGUUGGUUGCUACCUGUGAAGGAUGACCCUGGCACAAGCUACUGCCUAGGGGUUACCUGGACAAAAAGAGCCAUGCAGACUUGUCGAGAGUGGGCAUUUGGUGUGGAAAUCGAGCUUCUCCUGGGCAGUAAGAAGAAGCAUUCAAGCUGGAAAGGACUUGCAACGCAGGUCAGCAAGAGGCUCAACAGGGCCGGUCUAGACGUGUUUGUCAAUGACCAAAAAGACAAGUCGGCUAGGGUCUAUCAAACAUGGUCGAUCUCGCCCGAGAUUACAAUCAAGGAGGAUGCAGCCAAGGGACAUUACGGCAUCGAGCUAGUCUCGCCCAAGUACAACCUCUACUCAAAGUGGAUCGACGACCUCGACACCAUAUUCGCAGUGCUCGGUUCGUCAUUUGUGGUGGUGGCAUCUCCCAGCUGCGGCACCCAUAUCCACAUAUCCACCGAGCCGGCCAUGGAAGCCCAAGAGGUUUGCACGCUGGCCAAGAUGAUAUUGUCGACAGAGCCUGCCUUUGACGCCCUCAUGCCGGUGGCCAGGCGUGCAUCGGCCAGACACUGGUGCCAGAGCAACCGUGCCGGCAGCGCCUUUCUCGGCAGCAAAUUGACCCUCGAGCAGUGCUUCCAGGUGGUGGACCUAGCGGCGAGGGAUGGAGGCGUCGCUGGAGUUGUUGCGGCGCUCAACACGCACUCGCCAGAGGCUGGUUCGGGGUUCGCUCGGGCUACCCGCGGGCGUCUUGCCCGGCUGAGCGGACAACGGUUCAAGUGGAACCUGGCCGGGCUGGUGAACGAGGGAGUCGGGACUCGUACCAUGGAGUUUCGUCAACCGCCGGGGAGCGUCACGGCUGACGGGGUCCGAGGCUGGGUGGAGCUGACGCUGGGGUUUGUCGAGGGUGGUCUGAGGCGAUCAGAGAGCGGCUGCCAGUUGGAGGCGUGGUACACCGUCGACGAUCUUUGGGAUUUGGUCCAGGAUGGAGUUGCGGCUUUGCAGCUGAGGGACGAGUGGAUCGGUGGGAUUUUCAGUGCCAGACAGGCUUGACCUGUUGUUGGUUUUGUGGUCGAGUUAAUAAUGCCUUUUGCGCGUCGACAUGAUAUCUUUGCGAGUAG